AUGCCCAAUAGCGGCAUCCGAGAGUACUCAGCCUGCGUCAGACCAACAAGUCUAACAAGGGGCGGAGUAAAUGUGCAAUGUCCGCAAUAUACUACUCGGGCAAGGAGGAGAUUUUCAGCCACCACGGUCGCAUCGCAUGGGCAUAUUGAGCCUCCUAAACCAGGAGAACAGCUCAAUGUGACCUUCAUUGACAAGGACGGAGAGAAACACCAUUUCCAAGUGGCCAAGGGUGACAACCUGCUUGAUAUCGCUCAGGCAAAUGAUCUUGAGAUGGAAGGUGCUUGCGGUGGUUCCUGCGCAUGCUCAACCUGCCAUGUCAUCGUGGAAGAUGCCGAUAUGUAUGAUAAGAUGGAAGAGCCAGACGACGACGAGAAUGAUAUGCUCGACCUUGCCUUUGGUCUGACUGAGACUUCACGGCUGGGGUGCCAGGUGAAGAUGUCCCCGGAGCUGGAUGGGCUGGUUGUACGACUACCCAGUAUGACGAGGAAUUUGCAAGCAAGUGAUUUUGAGCAGAAAUAA